GCCACCUGCCCAGGAAACUUGUUGGUUGUUGCCCUCGGGUCGCUCCCGGGCGGGAACACGGAACCGGGCCAUGGAAGAUCCGUCGGGGGCUCGCGAGCCCCGGGCCCGGCCGAGAGAGCGGGACCCGGGACGGCGCCACCACCCGGACCGAGACCGCGCCCACGAUCGACAGCGGGACCGACCCGGGGACACGCGCAGGGAGCAAAGCAGCGACGGGAACCGGCGAAGGGACCGGGACCGGGACCGGGACCGGGAGAGAGACCAGGAGAGGGACCGAAACCGGGAUCGGGACCGGGAGAGGGAGAGGAAGAGAGACCCGGACCGAGGCCCCCGCAGGGACAGACACAGGGACGCGGGCCCUCGCGCAGGUGAACACAGAGUUUGGGAAAAGCCGCGCCAAAGCCGGACGCGGGACGGAGCCCGGGGACCAACCUGGGACUCAGCCGCGCCUCCUGGGCCCGCGCCCUGGGAAGCCCCGGAGCCGCCGCAGACACACAGGAAGGGGGGCCCCGGGUACCGAGGACCCGAAAGUGAACCCCCUUCGGGGAGAUAUCUGCCCUCGACCCCCAGGCCUGGACGAGAGGAGGUGGAAUAUUACCAGUCAGAGGCAGAAGGACUCCUGGAAUGCCAUAAAUGCAAAUACUUGUGCACUGGGAGAGGUGUGGUGCAGAUAGUGGAGGUGGUCUUGAAUGGGAUGGUUCUCAUAUGCAUCGUGGCCUCCUACUUUGUCCUUGCCGGAUUCAGUGCCAGCUUUUCCAGUGGCGGUGGCUUUGGGAACAACUACUACUCACCAUUCGAGGGCACUGAGCUAGAGCAGGUUCGGCAGCUGGACCAGCAGUACACGAUCCUCCGGUCGCCCCUGAUAUAUGGUGGCGUGGCUGUUUCUCUGGGGUUGGGGGUCCUCACCAUGGGCGUCUUACUCCAAGGAGCCAAGAGUCUAACAAUGUUGUCAGGGAAGUGGCUCCUCACGGAGGCCGCCUUCAGCCUCCUAGCGGCCGUGGGCUACUGCACAGGCAUUGGUGUUUACCUCCACGUGGCUCUGCAGAUCAAUAGCACCGACACUUGCAAAACAAGAGAGAGGCUCUAUGCCCGCAGGGGUCUCACCUGGAUGAACUGCCAGCUGGCAGGCACUGAUGGAGCAGCAGCCACCUUUGCUUGUCUUCUGGUGAUCAUGUACGGCGCCAGCGUGGUGCUGGCCCUGCGUAGCUACCGAGAACAGAAGCGCUACAAAGGCAGCCGAGAACAGCCCAGGAGUUACAGUGAGGCACCGGAAUACCUGUGGUCUGGAACAGUUUGAGAUCUUCCAGGACCUAAGUGUGAACCCACAUUGUUUCUCUUAAAAAGACAGGUCUUUUAAAACCCCACAUUAGACAACUAUGGUUUUCACACACUUGACUUUACAAAUGCUCUCUUUGGACUGCGGCAAAGUUAAAGAAUUGAGGCUGGGCGUGGUGGCUCAUGCCUGUAAUCCCAGCACUUUGGGAGGCUGCAGUGGGCGGAUCACUUGAGGUCAGCAGAUUGAGUCCAGCCUGGCCCACAUAGCGAAACCCUGUCUCCACUAAAAAUACAAAAAAAUUGCUGGGCGUGGUGGUUCACGCCUGUAAUCCCGGCACUUUAGGAGGCCAAAGCAGGCGGAUCACCUGAGGUUAGAAGUUUGAAACCAGCCUGGCAAACAUGGUGAAACCCCAUCUCUACUAAAAAUACAAAAAUUAGCUGGGCAUGGUGGCGGAUGCCUGUAAUCUCAGCUACUCUGGAGGCUGAGGCAGGAGAAUCUCUUAAACCCAGGAGGCAAAGGUUGCAGUGAGCCAAGACCAUUGCAAUCCAGCCUGGGCAACAAGAGCGAGAUUCUGUCUCAAAAAAAAAAAAAAAAAAAAAUCAGCUGGGCUUGAUGGUGAACACCUGUAAUCCCAGCUACUCAGGAGGCUAAACAACAAGAAUCACUUGAACCUGGGAGGCAGAGUUUGCAGUGAGCAAACUCUACUCCACGUCACUGCACUCCAGCCUGGGCAACAGAGCGAGGCUCCGUCUCAAAAACAACAGUGACGACAACAAAAAAGAUAGGACAGUUGAUUUUAUUAGACCAUGAAGGCAUACUAGAGGCUUUUUCAUUUCUGCAUUUCCUGACAGUGCUCCAUAGAGUAGGCCUUCAAAGGUAGCUAGUAAUCUCAUUACCCUGGACUGCUCUCAUAAUCUAACAGAUCACUAACACUGAAUCUUAAAAAUAAAGUUCUUUUAGUAAUUUUAA